AUGGCUCCUCCUUCAACUAUACUUGAAAGACCUUUCAAGCAAACUUUUGAGCUAACUGAAGCAAAGAAGGGUGUCAUCUCUAUGUCGUCGGAUGAAUCCAACUCAAAUAUCAAGUUCGCAGACUGGGAUGCUUUCAAAUUUGCACCGAUAAGGGAGUCAACGGUUUCACGUGCCAUGACUCGCAGAUAUUUCGCAGACUUGGAUAAAUACGCUGAGUCCGACGUCGUUAUCAUUGGGGCAGGAUCAGCAGGCUUAUCAGCUGCCUACGUGUUAGCAAAAAAUCGUCCUGAGCUUAAAAUUGCUAUAAUCGAAGCUAAUGUGAGUCCUGGAGGAGGAUGUUGGUUAGGAGGUCAAUUGUUCUCAGCAAUGGUAUUGCGAAAGCCUGCUCAUCUUUUCUUGGAAGAAUUGGAGCUCGAAUAUGAGGAUGAAGGAGACUAUGUUGUAGUAAAGCAUGCAGCAUUCUUUAUGUCAACUCUAUUAUCGAAGGUGCUUCUGUUUCCAAACGUCAAGUUGUUCAAUGCAACGGCUGUUGAAGACUUGAUUACUAGCCGUGAUGAAGUCACUGGCGAUUUGAGGAUCGCUGGAGUUGUGACCAACUGGACACUUGUAUCUCUUAACCAUGACACCCAGUCUUGUAUGGACCCUAAUACUAUCAAUUCCAGCGUUGUUUUAUCUGCCGCAGGACAUGAUGGUCCAUUCGGUGCCACUAGUGCUAAGAGAUUAGAGGACUUGGGCGUUCUUAAAAUGGGUCAUAUGAGAGGAUUAGAUAUGAAUUCAGCCGAAGAUGCUAUUGUUAAAGGUACAAGAGAAGUCGCCCCAGGUUUGGUAAUGACUGGUAUGGAACUAGCUGAGGUUGAUGGCUCAAAUAGAAUGGGCCCGACUUUUGGAGCCAUGGCCCUUUCAGGCGUCAAAGCUGCCGAAUCCGUUUUGAAUGUCUUUGAUAAAAGGAAGAAACAGAACUCUUAUUAG